AUGUGUGGCCUGAAGACUUUAAUUUGUUGUGGUAGGAAAACAGAUGUGUCAACAAUAUCAGACAAUCUUCCAGAUGAGAAACAAGUGCUUCUGGUACCUAUUAUUAAUCCACCCCUACUCGUACCUGAUGGUAUUACAAUAGUAUGGCUCGAUGCAAAUGUUAACAGUGACUCAACCGACAUAAAGUCAACGAGAUCCAUGUUGUAUAGCAUUCAGUCUUCAGUAUUUUUCUUCGAUGAUGUACAAAACUGUUACAAUGCAUUGCGUACUAUCACGAACAAUAAAGCUCGUAUAUUUCUCGUCGUUUCUGGCAGACUCAGCGCCGAAAUCUUGUUCUAUAGAUCAGAAUUGCAUAUACUCGACUCUGUCUUUAUCUAUUGUAAUAAAGCAGAAAGAUAUAUAGACUUUAUCCAACAAUAUUCUCCUUAUGUUACCGGUGUGUACACUAGUCAAAAAGAGUUACAGCAAUGUCUGAAAAUUGAAUUGAAGCAUUAUUAUCCAGGUGCAAAUACUUUGAACUGUUUUACACAACGUCAAAAUGCAAUUCGUGAUUUGACUUAUGAUGCUGCUUCAUUUCUUUGGUUUCAACUUUUACGAAGCACACUAAUGAACACGCAAUAUGAUGAUGAUGAUAUGAAACAAAUGCUGAAAUAUUGCCGACAGUAUUUUGCCCAGGAUGCUAAUAAAGAAUCAAUUUUUAAAGAUAUUGAUGAAUUCGAAAGAACUUACGAACCUAAUCAAGCAUUGCUCUGGUAUACGCGGGAAUCAUUUGUCUAUAAAAUAAUAAAUUCUGUUCUACGUAUGGACAACAUCGAUAUUCUGAAUAUAUUUCGGUGCUUCAUUUCCGAUCUCUGUCGACAGUUGUCUGUUGAAUGGAAGAAAUUAAGGAAGAAAAUGAUCGAGGAACAACAAUCACCGAUAAUGACGGUCUAUCGAGGAUGUCGACUUACUGAUGACGAAGUAGAAAAAUUGAAACAUAUUAUUCACGGCAUGGCCAGUAUUAACGGUUUUGUUUCUACUAGUCGACAACGAUCGGUAGCUGAAGAGUUUCUAAGACAUAGUUCCGGUCGACGUGCCAAUGUGAAAUUAGUAUUGUGGAUCAUUAAAAUUGACAUUCGCACUAAUGAUAUUACUUUUGCUGAUACUACAUCUAUUUGUCAAAAUCAAGAGGAAGAAGAAAUACUUUUCAACGUAGGAACCGCUUUCCGUAUCGACGAUGUAGUUUUGAACAAAGAUACUGCUUUUUCAGACUAUAAGAAACUGAUCGAACAAGAACUGAAUGAAACAGACGAAGAAGUCAUCUUUGGAACACUAUUAAUGGACAUGGGAAAACACAUUAUAGCACAGCACUAUUUUGACAGGCUCAUAAAUCGUGUCCAUGAUUCGAAAAAACAUAAUCUAGCUGCGUACCAUUAUAAUCUCGGACUAACUCAUAGUUACCAGAAAGAUACUCAUCUGGCUGAACGCCACUUUCAACAAGCGUUCGAAUUGCAACAGAAUUCUCAUCGUAAUUGGAGAAAUAUGGUUCGAAUAAUGAAUGGUUUAGGGCAUGUAUAUCAAGAUAGCGGACAAUUGGAUGAAGCAAUGAGUGAACGCUCAAACUUAUAUUUAUAUGGGUAUGUAGAAUCAAUUCAGUCUUAUGAAAAUGCCAUGAAAAUUCUCAAAAAUAAUCUACCCAAUAAUCAUCAACGUAUUGGAAUAGUUUUUAAUGAAAUGGGUAAUGUUUAUCGAAGAGAAGGAAAGACAGACAAAGCUUUGGAAUUGUAUGAAAAAGCUGAAUUGAUCUUUCUUAAUAUUCUUCCGGAAGAUCAUCCAUGUAUCGCUUAUUGUUGGAGUAGUAUGGGCAUUCUUUUUCUUCAAAUGAACAAUCCUGACAAAGCGCAUCAGUAUCAUCAGCGAGCAUUGGAAACUUAUCGUCGUACUUUACCUGCUGAUCAUAAUAAUAUAAAGAUUAGCGUAAAAAAUUCGGCGUGCAACCAAUAUCACGAAUUAAUCGACAACUAUGUACAAGUGUGCUCGCAAGUUUAA